AUGAGCUUGAAUUGUUAUCUGAAUGCAUACGUACACUCCGAGAAUGAGGUACCCUCGCUUCACAGCACAGGGCGAACGCCGGAUUUCAGUACCAAGGCAAUUUUCACCGGAACGCCAGCUGGAGUGAAUGAGCGCUUCGGCGAGAUGACUGAAAUUUCGGCGCUAGUGCGAAACCCAUUCCCCAUCUCACGAGUUCCCCCAAGCACAGCCAUUCUUGUCUUCCAGGCUUGCACCCGCAACCGCCCAGCAAGUUCCAACCCUUAUACAGAUUGCGCGCGAGCAAGCAUGCCCAGCGCCAUUACUCAGACAGAGCCGGACAUCUGCCAAAGGUCCGAUGGCACGAAUUCGGACUGCGCGGGCUUGCAUGUGCGAUUAACCAGCCCUGAUCAAUGUGCCAUUUUCAAUGUUUACAACUUUUACUCUCCCGUAACGGACGCGGUUGCCAAUGCGGUAUUCGGUUCGAACGGUAACGGGAGCUCAAGAGCCCGGAACUGCAAGCGCAAUGAGAAGGGCGAAGCUAAAGAACGAACGCUGCGGGAAGACCUGGACCGCCGACAUCGUGUGGUUGGAUGCGGAGUAUCACACAAGGCAGCUAGAGAGGUGUCUGCGAAUGUGCAGAACUCUUGGGAUGCGGUGUUCCACCCAGCACAUUCGGUCGACUAUAUUCCCCAGCCUCGCCAGCAGCGCAGUGCUCAAACGGAAGGGCCUUUGGAAUUCUCUGAGAAGGCCGCAAUGUCUAGUCGUCGCACAGAAGGGGUGACUCCGGACGCCAAUGGGCAUGUACAACAUCAACGGAGGGGGUCAAACACCAGCGAGAAUUUAAGGCAUCCGAUGACAGAUCCAACUCCUAGUAUGCGCGCUUCAGAGCGACUCAGCCUCUCGAACCCCAGUAACGCGCAGGAAGACCAUCAAAAGAAGGGAGAAAACGAUCAACCCAAAAACAUGUCCACCUCCAUUCGCCCUCAAAGCUACAAUGUACGGUUCCCAAUGUGCCGUGAAUGGUUUCGCAAUGGAGAUGAUCGUCCGAUCUCCUAUUCCGCCGGCUCACCCAAGUUGGUAGAGGUCUAUGACGAAGGAAGAAAAGUGCCAGCCCUGCUGCUCUCACGCGUUCUGGCUUCCAAGGUCCAAAAUGCAAUCGAGUGUGGCCAGGACUAUCGCGAGUAUAGGGAAAUCAUCGCUAAAAAGAAACAUGAACAAAUUGCGGAACGCCGCCUGAAUGCUGAGAUUACAUUGGAGAGCAUCGAGCACCGCCUUGAAUGGCUGGAACAGCAGAUGAAAGAGGCUAGUGAUGGUACUACAGAAGAGUUGACUCAGCGACAUAUUGGGCUACUGAAAGAGAGAGUUGGUGCUCGCAGAGUAAGGGACGCCGUGGAAGGGGAUCAGAAGCAACUCUUUCGGGACCUUCAGAAGGCCGAAGAAACAUAUCGAAAGGACUGGGCUGUAGUGGACGAGGAACUUGAGAACGUAUGGAUACGUGCGGGGAUUCUACAGAAACAUCCAGCUUCCUACGAAACGCAUCUACAAAGCAAGAGAUCUCAGCAAGACGAACAUUAUAAUCAAGGCGGCACAGGUGGACUAGCGGAAAAGGACCAUCCUCAGACGAAUGCGACGAAUGCUCGAGAAGUCACGAAGCAACCAGAUGCGGCGUCCUUGCGAGCUCCUAAUCGAACGCAGAGGAGUGCAGAGCACGCAAACGAUUCCGAAAUGCCUGGCCCUCCUUUUGAACCCAGACUACGCGGUUCUGACGAUGGAGAAAUCAACGAGCUUUUGCUCAGGUUAGCGGAUCAAGCCGAGUCUGUUCGCCAAUCACGCCUGGAGCUUCUCGACUUUGCGAAUGAUUACAAUUACCAGUGCAACAAAUACAUCGAAUCUCCUGUGCACGCACGCCGCCGAGACACCACAAAUCAGCGAAGAGACACUUUCGCCUCGUACUUCAUCAAAAUAUGCAAAGAUCGGAAUGAUAGACUUCAGGAAGCUAAAGCCGCCUAUUGGGAUAUACAGCGCCGAGCAGCAGAAGUUGGAGUAUCCCGAGAGUAUCUGGAUCAUAUUGGCCAAGACAUCGACAGUAUUGUGAGCUUUAGUGAAGAAGAGGUGGAUGCGCGGUACAUAGUAGGGCGCAGCGUUGAGCGAGUCCAAGAUUGGCGUCAGGGAUGGGAAGACGGGGGCACAGGAUCAGAACUUCCACCCACACCUCCCACGCAGACUCCGUCGGAGAUCGGAAACCUCGAGCAGCUGGACGCCAAUAUCGUGCCUGACGACAGCGGGACUAGUUGCAACGAUUGGAUGGAGGGUGGGGAUACGCCGAGGCGGAAUCCGUUCUACCAUGUUCCCGCGGAUGCCGGUGCCGGUGAAAAUAAGGAAGGACAUCACGAGGAGCUCAAUGAGGCACACCUAGAGGCACGUGGCGGCGGCGGCAAGAAUCCAGUCCCCCAUGAUCAGCAUGUCAGCGAGCGGGCAACGGCAGCCGCCGAGAAAGAAGGGGAGUCGCCCGGGCGGCCGUGCCGUGGCUCGUGUUCACGGCCCGCGAGCGACUCCAGAAAUGAAUAUGGGAGAAUAUCCGCCUUGGAUGAUGGGAGCGGAGAGGGUUAUGCUGCCUCAAUGGCUAGACAUCAACAGGUCACGGGCGACGCCAACCCGAGCGCAGUACAGCACCAAAACCCUAUAGCAAAUGUUGAAGUUGACCCUGAAGAGCCCACUAAACAGGGCGACUUAGAAGAAGGGACAAGAGAGAAGCAGGAUAAUAAAGAACAGCACUGGAGCCGGAAUACACUGGGCGAUGAAAUGCUGAACGACACACUUGACGACCAUGCGCCCAGCGUUUCCCUAAAAGGGAGCACGCAUCAGGAAGGCUUGGUUGUGGCAGUCGAACCAAUAGAUGCUUGCAAUGCGCAAGCGGGCGAAGACGACGGCGGUUGUAGCAGCGCACCAAACGACGACCUGGAACUUCACCGAACAAGCCGAAAGCGGAAACGUUACACUGAAGACAACGAAAGCUUGCCUGAAUGGAAGAGACAAAGACUGCAGAGCGAAUCGAGUCGACCCACCGAAAGAGCUCAGGAAACGACAUCUGCUUCUCCAGAGGAGCUUCCAUCCAUAGGCCGUUCGGGGACGGAAGAGGAAGAAACGGCCAGCAUGGAUCUGAGCUUACCUACUGAGAGCCCGGACCCUCUCCACGUGUGCAGGAAGCGAAAGCGUCACAUCGCAGAAGACGACGAGGACCCACGCGAACGGAAGAAAGAGAAAUUGGACGAGAUUUCACCUUGUCCUACGCAAGCACCCCAGGAGGCUGCCUCUGUAUCUUCUGACGACUGGAUUCCUCCGCCUGAUGUCCUCAAAUAA